UCCUGCAGCUGCGCGGAAAAAAAAAAAAAAGGAAAAAAAUUAAGCCAUGUCUGCAGAGCGCUACUCACAUAGAGUGUUUGCAGACGAUGUCGACGAAACCGUCCGCAUCAAUCAGUAUCCACAACCGCCGGUUCCCUCGUGGUCUUCCAUGUUCUUCGGCUUCGCGUUGGUCAUUCGGAACAUCUUAGAGGACGAAGAACACGGGAUAAGGGGUGGCGUACCCGUAGAUCCUCCGAUCCGGUGGUAUCUGGAGAUCGGGUGCACGGAGCUGUGCCGCGAUCGCGGGGAAUUCAUCAGCAAUGAAGUGUCUAAGGAGGCCCGCAAGAUCAUGUUCGAAAUGCUCGAAGAAUGCAUGGGGGGUGCAGUUCCGUCGUUCACGCGAAGAUGCAUCGCAAACGACUUCGGCGUCCAGGCGUGCUGGAUGCUGUGCGACGCGCGCUACGCGCUCUGCAGAAAGCUCCCGGUAAUCGUGGAGCUGACGGUCUUCUCUGCCUUUCCGGUGACCUCUCGUCUUCGGUUGAUGCCUAUGGCGAUGGAGGGACUGGAGCUGUCGCAGCUGGCUGCAGCGGGAUCGGCGGAGGAUGAGAUGUGUGCGAUCUGCCUCGCCGAGCUCCACGCCGGGUCCGAGGUCACUCGCUUACCCUGCUCCCAUUAUUUCCACGGCGAGUGCGUCCUCCGGUGGCUGCGCAUCAACCGCUCCUGCCCUCUUUGCCGCUUCAUCCUGCCACAUUAAUCUUUAAAACGCGAGUGCUUAUGGGCUCUUUUACUAUUUAGGAAUCUCAAGCUACAUUCCAGUACAGGUUGGGAUAAAAAUACUAGUGAAUCUCAGAGUGCACGUGUACGAUGCAGAUGACUUGAAACGGUUCGUUUGAGCUUGCGUGAUCCAAAUAAAAUUUCUUA